AUGUUGAUUCUUGUAAAACACGGAGAGAGAGAAAAAGAACAAAUGGUUUGGCACCUUGUUCUCUGUUGA